AUGGUCAUUCCGAACCUCUUUCCUAAGCGCGCAGGAGUCCUGGCAUUCUAUGAGCGCUUGCAUGCCGCUGGGUUGAUCUACAGGGCCCAGGAAGCCCCUACCACGGAAGCAUUCGUAAAGGGAUUCGUCGCGGCGUUGCCUACGCCACGAAAUCUGAUUGAGACGAUGUGCCUGUUAUUUACAGGGAGCGUGCCCAACAAUCUAGUGGAAAGUUCGCUGUUGAUAUCGCACGAAGGUAUCACCGUUUCCAUGAACGCGUGGAACCCAAAUUCAGGCGUACGCGACCCCGAGAAUGAGCAUGUGGUGAUCCGGCAGCGGGCGGGAGUAAAUGUCUCGACAGGCUGA